GGGAGAAGAAAAAUAAUGAUCAGCUCUUCAUUUCAUCGUCCUCCUCUGUGGACUGUGGAUCGGAGCAAACGACUGUGUCCCUUUGUCCAAGACAUCCUACUACCUGCUAUCUGCUACUGCAACCACAUCAGCUCAUCACAGCAAGAGAUGGCAUCAGCUCUUCAUUUCAUCGUCCUCCUCUGUGGACUGUGGAUCGGAGCAAACGUGACAAGUGCUCAUCGAUCAGGUUGUACAUGCCCUUGUGGUUGGACUAAACUUGGCAGUCGCUGCUUCAAGUUCUUCAGCACUCCGAAGCAGUGGGCUGAUGCAGAGCGUUUCUGCACUGGUCUUGAUGGCAAUCUGGCUUCUGUCCUUACUAAAGAAGAGGGCAAGUUGAUCAGCAAGAUGGUGAAAACAACAGCUUGGGUUGGAGGCUAUGAUGAAACGAAGAAUGGUGUGUGGCUCUGGAAUGAUGGUAGAAAGUUUGACUUCAAAAUGUGGGCGAAGGGAGAGCCUAACAACCUUGGUGGAGAAGGAUGCAUGGAGUUUAGAAAAACAGGAGAUGCCAACGAUUUAAAAUGUAGUAACCUCAAAGAUUUUGUCUGUGCCAAGACAGCCUAACAAUUACACACAUCUACUAUGAGGGUGUCACAUCCUCACUGAUGAAGUCACUUCCACCAGAAUGUUAAGCCUCGAUGACAUCACUGCUGGAAGAUAUAUUGACGAAUCAGAUUUCAUUUUACUUAAGUCAGAGCAUCUAAAAAAGUAAUAAAAAAAUAAAUAAAACGUGUAAAAGAAAAUAUAAAGACAUGAAAUAAUAAAGAAUGAUCGC